AUGGGUCGUCGAAGACAAAGAGAACGCGUUUGGAUUCAGUGCGUCGCGUUGCUUUGUUUAUUUGACUGGUCUGCAGCGCAGAUCUCUUACUCCGUUUCAGAGGAGGUGGACAAAGGCACGUUUGUGGGGAAUCUGGCUAAGGAUUUAAACCUUAAUGUUCACGAACUGGAGUCGAGGGGUCUAAUGAUUGUAUCAGGACAUAGUAAGAGCUAUUUCGAGGCUAAUUUGAAGACAGGAAUUAUGUUCGUUGAGGAGAGAAUAGACAGAGAGGAGCUUUGUCCAAAUACGGUGAAGUGCUCCUUAAAUAUAGAAGCUAUAUUGAGCCAUCCUACCCAGCUCCACCGGGUUGAAAUUGAUAUUUUAGACAUAAAUGAUAAUGCUCCAUCUUUCCUCGAAAGAAUACAUAUACUUAAUAUCACCGAGGCGGCAUUUCCUGGUGAGCGAUAUCCACUACCGAUAGCGAAUGACGCAGAUACGGGCAGUAACUCGGUAAACAGCUACAAGCUGAGCCCGAAUGAACACUUUUCCCUGGAUGUACAGAGCGGUGGAGAGCAGAGUUUGUCUGCUGAGUUAGUGCUGCAGAAAGCUUUAGACCGAGAGAAACAGCCUGUUAUCCAGCUCACACUGACCGCUAUAGAUGGAGGAAAACCUCCAAGAUCCGGGACAUUACUGAUCACAGUAAAUGUGGAAGACGUUAAUGAUAAUGCACCUUCAUUUAGCAAACCGCUUUAUAAGGUUAGUGUUCCUGAAAACGUUUCAUCUGGUACAGCAAUAAUAACUCUCACCGCGACGGAUCUUGACGAGGGCGUAAAUAGCGAGAUUAUGUACUCACUGAUAGGUCGAGGUAGUUUAAGCCACUCCGAUACAUUUGCUAUAAAUUCAGAUACAGGUAUAAUUACUGUUAAGAAAACUAUGGACCAUGAGGUAACUGCCGCCUAUGAAAUUCGGGCUGAGGCGAUGGACCGAGGGCACUCCUCACGGAAAACGUAUUGCAAAGUGUUAGUAGAAGUUAUUGAUGUCAAUGACAAUGUCCCUGAAAUAUCAGUGACGUCCCUCAUCAGCCCAGUCAACGAGGAUGCUGAGAUAGGGACAGUGGUUGCCUUGGUGACAGUAACUGAUAAAGAUGGAGGUAAAAACGGCCUCACCAAUUGUAAGCUUAUUGGGUCUGUUCCAUUCAAAUUGAAAUCGAACUACAAAAACUAUUAUACAUUAGUGGUUGAUGGGCCUCUUGACAGAGAGAGUGCUUCUCAGUAUAAUGUCACCAUCACAGCUACGGAUGAAGGGACCCCGCCUCUCUCCAGCACCAGCGUUAUUACUGUGCAGGUUUCUGAUGUAAAUGACAACGCUCCUCGCUUCUCAGAACCUGUGAUUAAUAUUUAUGUGAAAGAGAACAGUCCGGUAGGAGACGUCAUUUAUACGAUGUCUGCUUUUGACCCAGAUUCAGAUGAAAAUGCAAAGAUGACGUAUUCAUUAUUAAAUACAAGUGUUCCAAUAUCAUCAUCUGUAAAUAUAAACUCAGAUAAUGGAGAUAUAAUCAGUCUGCAGUCUUUUAACUAUGAGGAGAUACAAACUUUCCAGUUCAAGGUUCAGGCCACAGACUCUGGUGUUCCUCCACUCAGCAGCAACGUGACUGUGAACGUUUUUAUCCUGGAUGAGAAUGACAACAGUCCUGGGAUUCUCGCGCCCUAUUCUGAACACGGCUCCGUUAACACUGAGAACGUUCCCUAUUCUGCUGAAGCGGGCUACUUUGUGGCCAAGAUCAGGGCUGUAGACGCCGACUCUGGCUACAAUGCGCUGCUUUCUUAUCACAUCUCUGAGCCCAAGGGAACCAACCUCUUCCGAAUCGGAACCAGCACCGGGGAACUGAGGACUAAGAGGAGAAUGAGUGACAAUGACCUGAAAACUCACCCGUUGGUAGUGUUGGUUUCUGAUAACGGAGAACCCUCACUGUCAGCGACUGUGUCUAUUGAUGUAGUGGUGGUUGAAAGUACAGGUGAAAUCCAGACUCAAUUCAGAAAUGUGCCGAGAAAGGAGGAGAACUUCUCUGAUUUGAACCUGGAUUUGCUGAUCGCCAUUGCCUCCGUGUCAGUGAUAUUUUUACUGAGCCUCAUCAGUUUAAUAGCUGUAAAAUGCCACAGGACAGAGGACAGUUUCAGAAGGUACAGCGCCCCAAUGAUCACCACACACCCUGACGGAAGCUGGUCUUACUCUAAAUCUACUCAGCAGUAUGACGUGUGUUACAGUUCAGACACACUGAAGAGUGACGUAGUGGUUUUCCCCGCUCCGUAUCCACCUGCAGAUGCAGAACUGAUCAGUAUUAAUGGAAAUGACACGUUUAACAGGACUCAGACAUUACCCAACAAAGAGGAGGUAAAGUAUUACCAAGUGCUGUCCAUGGCGCAGCAACCGUUGUUGCUCUUUGCUAAUUAG